AUGUCCCUGUUCAGAUGGGAUUGCCUCUUACGAGGCUACGGCUAUCUUUCAAAAUUGCUAUGUUCAGCCUUUCCCCGGUCCCUGGGUUUGUUGCUCAGUGGACCGAGCAUAUCCCAGGCUCCUUUCUCUCCGCAGGACGAGGGAGAAUAUCUAUACAGGCCUCUCGAAUCAGAUGACCAUAUUCGCGUCGUGGAACUUCUCCCGGCGCAGCAUCGUGGGGACCAAAUCUGCUGUCGGAUCCUUCACAUGAGCCAUCUCCGGCCCAGCCAUUCCUACACGGCCAUUUCCUAUGCAUGGGGUGACGACAAUGAUGCCCUCAAAAUAGCUAUUAAUUGUGAUGGGCGACUUGCCCGGGUAACGCCAAACCUCCAUGCUGCUUUGGUCAGGGUCCGCAAAAUGGACAAGAGCCUGUUCGUGUGGACGGACGCUCUUUGCAUUGACCAGGGUCGCAGUCCACAAGGUCUCGCUGAAAAGGCACAGCAAGUCCAAAACAUAGACAGAACUUUCUCGCGGGCGGAACAGGUCAUGAUGGAUCUCGGAAGUGAAUCUUCGAGCGACGUGCUUGCAGUAUUGGAUCGUUACUAUAACAUCCCGCUCGACACUUGGGAGCAAGCGUACCAGAUUGUUCAGACGCAAAGCUUCAACGACUGCUUUCAGUUUCUUUCAGGGUUCCAGCUGCCUGGAGUCAGAGACGCGUUCUGGCGUGCUCUCGUCUGCUUCAUGCAGAGGCCGUGGUUCUCUCGCGUGUGGAUCAUCCAAGAAUAUGCUCUUGCAAAGAGAGCAACGUUUCUGAUCGGAGAUGACCAGCGUCCUGGGACAUAUCUGCCCCAAGGCGUGAUCCGUGCCUUGCAGCAUAUGGUCUGGCUCUACCACUCAGACCGCCGUCGUGGGCCAGGCCAAGGACAACCCAGCGAGGAAUUUGCGCAGUGCGUCUGGGCCUUUGAUCAGCCUCACGUUUCGGCUCUCCUCAUCCGUGAUGCUCGUGACGCCCUGCCAAAGGGGCUCCCUCUACACAGUCUCCUGUGGCGAACAAAGAGAUUCCUCGCCAAGGACGAGAGGGACAAAGUAUAUGCCAUCCUCGGCCUCUUGGAGGGCGGCAAGAGUAAGGAUCGGAUACCAGUGAACUACACAGACGAGAGCGUUGAGCAGCUCGGCAUGCGUGUGGCACGACACCUGAUCCAAACUGGUUUUGGGCCGUAUGUCCUCUACAACUGCCUAGCAACAAGCAGUCCCGUUCACUCCUGGGCUCUUGUGCUUACCGAACCCAAUCUCGAUGCGUUUUCUGAGCUCUAUAGGCCAUCCGGACAAUUUCAGAACUCGGUCUACAAUGCCUGUGGCAACACUCAGUUUUCUUUCAGAUGGGGUCCAGUCAGCCAGUCCGAUAUACCAAACGAUAGGCUACUCAUUGUUCGAGGCUGUAUCGUCGAUAAGAUCUAUUCGACUGGUCCGGAUCUUCCAUAUCCGAACACGAUCACGCACCAGCAAGUUGCUGGCCAAUCUGCCUGGCUUGCACAGACUUGGGAUUGGAUGACGGCUGUGCAGGAAGAGAUACCAAAAGUGCCGCCCCACCAAUUCACUCUGCAGGGCUGGCAAACGGCAACUGCGGACCUGAUCAUCCCUCCUGAGCGCGAAGGAGAGGGCUAUGUCCGAGCGAGCAACAUAGCGAUCACUCCGCUGUGUCUGGAAGCCGUGGACAAUACAGCCCGGCACGCGUCUACGAAAGCCCGAAACGUCGAACACGAAUUCGUACCCACCAUGCCUCUCAACGAGGACUUUGCAGCAUACAUCAACAUGUUGUCGGAGAGUUUCAGAUACAGCUUCGGUCGGAAACUGGCGUUGACACAAGACCGCCACUUGACUUGCUGCGUGCCGCGGGAGACGAGAGAUGGUGACGACGGAGACUAUAUCUGCAUCAUCCUAGGCUGUCCCACGCCGUUUGUUCUUCGACGUGCCGAAGACCAUUAUCGUCUGGUCGGUCCUUGUUAUGUCUAUAAUCUCAUGGAUGGCCAGGCCUUGGUUUCUGAUUUCUGGAAGGAGGAGGACAUUGAAAUUCGCUAA